CGCGAAGGCGGGUGUGCGGAAAGGGAAGAACGGGAGCAGGGGUGUUGUUUGUGAGCAAUUUGGUUAUAUCAGGGCGCUGGUUAUAUCGUUUGGACCAGAAGAAUAAGAACAAUGGUGCUUGAUGAGAAAACUGAUAGCAACCUGCCAUGGGUUGAAAAGUACAGACCAAAACAGCUGUCUGAUUUAAUAUCGCAUGAAGAAAUAAUCAAAACAAUUGAUCGAUUUAUGAAAGAAGAUGCCCUUCCACAUCUGCUGUUCUACGGACCCCCGGGCACGGGCAAGACGUCGACGAUUCUGGCCUGUGCCAAACAGCUGUACAAGCCGAGCGAGUUCCAGGCGAUGGUGCUGGAGCUGAACGCGUCGGACGACCGCGGCAUCGGCGCCGUGAGAAACCAGAUCCAGAGCUUCGCCAGCACGCGGACCAUCUUCAACCGCGGCUUCAAGCUGAUCAUCCUGGACGAGGCGGACGCCAUGACCAAGGACGCGCAGAACGCCCUGCGCCGCAUCAUCGAGAAGUAUACGGAGAACGUGCGGUUCUGCCUGAUCUGCAACUACCUGAGCAAGAUCAUCCCGGCCAUCCAGUCGCGCUGCACGCGGUUCCGGUUCGGCCCACUGGCCGCGGACCAGGUGGCGCCGCGGCUCGACGCCGUGGUCCAGGCCGAGAGCGUGGAGAUCACGCCGGACGGGCGCCAGGCGCUGCUGGACCUGGCCGGCGGCGACAUGCGCCGCGUGCUGAACAUCCUGCAGGCCACCUGGAUCGCGUUCGGCCGCGUCACCGAGCACAACGUAUACACGUGCAUCGGCCACCCGCUGACCUCCGACAUCACGGCCAUCGUCAACUGGAUGCUGAACGAGGACGUGGCCACGGCGCACCGCAAGAUCACCGAACUCAAAACGGCCAAAGGUUUGGCCCUGCAAGACGUGAUAACCGAGGUCCACAAGCUCGUCCACCGCAUCGACCUGCCGUCAACGGCCAAGACGGGCGUGCUGUACCGGCUGGGCGAGCUGGAGCACCAGCUGAGCCGCGGCGCCACCGAGACCAUUCAGCUGGCUGGCCUCAUCGCCGCCUUCCAGCUGACCAAGCAUCAGGUGGCCCAGGUCGCCAACGCCGCUUGACGUCAUCACGUGACGUCACCCAUGUCCGCCGCGUCGAGUGCAGUAAUAACACGUGUUUUGUAAAAAUGUAUGUUUCUGGAUGGGUUUCUUCCUACCAUGGUUCACAGUUGGACGGUGCCCGACAUGAGACGGGGCGCAGAGCACGUCGGCUACAUCAAUUCUCACAUCGCGCACGCGUAGUUACUAGAUCAGCUGAGCGGGGGCUACACAUUUGUCAUGUGCCGACCAUAUUUGACGCCGGUGAUGUUUAUCUUCAGAUCUAGCACAUGAAAACAUAGUCGGAGAACAGGGUGUCAUAACAAAGUGAUAAGAACACGCGAGGCAGCAUGCGAAAAUACAUACAAACACUACCACACCUGACUUAAGAAUCACAAUCAUUCACCACAUCCCCGAGGCCAGCCGAGGAGACUGUUUUCAUCAGCCGGCUCUUCGCAGUACGAGACUGGGCGCCCCGGCCAGCGCGGCCGCC